CGCCGCGCGGCGCCCGAGGCGAAAAAGUAGCUGUCAAAUGCGCGGCGCCUUUAACCGCCGCGAUCAGUGCGGCUCGGCGAGUCAUGGCGACCGCAGCCUCCAACCACUACAGCCUGCUCGCCUCCGGCUCCCCCAUGGUGCACGCCGAGCCGCCCGGCGGCAUGCAGCCCGGCGGCGGCUACCGCGACGCCGGCGCCCUGGUGCAGGCGGACUACGCGCUGCAGAGCAACGGGCACCCGCUGAGCCACGCUCACCAGUGGAUCGCGGCGCUGUCCCACGGCGGCCCCGGCGGCGGCGGCGGCGGCGGCGGCGGAGGGGGCGGCGGCGGCGGCGGCGGCGAGGCGCCCUGGUCGGCGGGCGCGCUGGGCCAGCCCGACAUCAAGCCGGCGGUGGUGCAGGCGGGCGGGCGCGGCGACGAGCUGCCGCCGCCGCCGCCGCAGCACCCGCCGCCGGGGCGGGCGCCGCACCUGGUGCACCACGGCGGCGGCGGCGGCGGCGGGCACCACGCGGCGGCGGCGGCGGCGGCGGCGGCAGCGGCGGCGUGGCGGGCGGGCGGCGCGGCGCACCUGCCGCCCGGCAUGGCCGCGGCCAACGGGGCGCAGGCGGGGCUGCUGUACUCCCAGCCGCCCGGCUUCACCGUCAACGGCAUGCUGGGCGCCGGGCAGCCCGGGCUGCACCACCACGGCCUGCGCGACGCCCACGAAGAGCCGCCGCCGGGACCGCCCGGGCCGCCGCACCACGGCGGCGAGCACCCGCCGCCGCCCCACGGCCCCCACCCCGGGGCGGCCGGGCCGGCCCCCGCCGCCGCCGCCGCCGCCGCUCCCCCCGGGCCGCCGCCGCACCACGACCCGCACUCGGACGAGGACACGCCGACCUCCGACGACCUGGAGCAGUUCGCCAAGCAGUUCAAGCAGCGGCGCAUCAAACUGGGAUUUACCCAAGCGGACGUGGGGCUGGCGCUGGGCACCCUCUACGGCAACGUCUUCUCGCAGACCACCAUCUGCCGCUUCGAGGCCCUGCAGCUCAGCUUCAAGAACAUGUGCAAGCUGAAGCCUUUGUUGAACAAGUGGUUGGAGGAGGCGGACUCCUCCUCGGGCAGCCCCACCAGCAUAGACAAGAUCGCGGCGCAGGGCCGCAAGCGGAAAAAGCGCACCUCCAUCGAGGUGAGCGUCAAGGGCGCGCUGGAGAGCCACUUCCUCAAGUGCCCCAAGCCCUCCGCCCAGGAGAUCACCUCGCUCGCGGACAGCCUACAGCUGGAGAAGGAGGUGGUGAGAGUGUGGUUUUGUAACAGGAGACAGAAAGAGAAGCGCAUGACUCCCCCGGGAGGGACGCUGCCGGGCGCCGAGGACGUGUACGGGGCCAGCAGGGACACGCCGCCGCACCACGGGGUGCAGACCCCCGUGCAGUGAACUCGCGGCGGGGGCGCCCGGCCCCUCCUCCUCCUCCUCCUCCUCCUCCUCCUCUCCUCCUCCUCCUCCUCUCCUCCUUCCCCCAACUUUUGAUUGUCCUCCUUUUUUUUUUUUU